AUGACCGGAGCUUCCUGUACCUUGGCCGGCGGGUGGAAGCGGAGGCCCUGGACUGCCCAUGAGUGGGUGGCGGUGCCUGUGAAUCUGAGGCAGGAGCAUGACCGGAGCUGCUUCCAGGUAGUGUGGCUGGGAGACCUAUGGACACGCCCCCAGACUUGUAGGAAAAAGAACUAUAUCACCUUGGGCGUUGUUAUUGAAAGACCCCCAGGAGGGGAGACCCUCACUCUAGUCUCCAAUAACUGGCAAGACAGCAAGAGGCUUUAUUUCAGAAAUCAUCCAGCUGAGGUCCAGACUCAGAGCAAGGAGUGUCAACCUGGAGGCCUGGGGGAAAGAAUGGUGACUUAUGAUGAUGUGCAUGUGAACUUCACUGCAGAAGAGUGGAAUUUGCUGGAUCCUUCCCAGAAGAAUCUCUACAAAGAUGUGAUGCUGGAGACCUACUGGAACCUCACUGCUAUAGGUUACAGUUGGGAAGAUCAUCAUAUUGAAGAACAACGUCAAAGUUCUAGAAGGCAUGAAAGGCAUGAAAGAAGUUAUACUGGAGAGAAACCAUAUGAAUGUAAACAAUGUGGUAAAGCCUUUUCAUAUGGUGAUCAUCUCCAAAGACAUAAAAGGACACAUACUGGAGAGAAACCUUAUGAAUGUAAUCAAUGUGGUAAAAGCUUUACACAACAAAGUCACCUCCAAGUCCAUAAAAGAACACAUACUGGAGAGAAACCUUAUGAAUGUGAUCAAUGUGGUAAAGCAUUUUCAUGUCACGGUAGUCUCCAAGCACAUAAAAGAACACAUACUGGAGAGAAACCUUAUGAAUGUAAUGAAUGUGGUAAAACCUUUUCAUUUCACAGUUGUCUCCAAAGACAUAAAAGAACACAUACUGGAGAGAAACCUUAUGAAUGUAUACAAUGUGGUAAAGCCUUUUCAAGUCACAAUCAUCUCCAAAUACAUAAAAGAACACAUACUGGAGAGAAACCUUAUGGAUGUAAUCAAUGUGGUAAAGCCUUUACACAACAAAGUCAUCUCCAAAUCCAUGAAAGAAUACAUACUGGAGAGAAACCUCAUGAAUGUAUUCAAUGUGGUAAAGCCUUUUCAUGUCACAGUAAUCUCCAAAGACAUAAAAAAACACAUACUGGAGACAAACUUUAUGAAUGUAAUCAAUGUGGUAAAGGCUUUACACAACAAAGUAAUCUCCAAAGACAUAAAAGAACACAUACUGGAGAGAAACCUCAUGAAUGUAAUCAAUGUGGUAAAGCCUUUUCACAUCACAGUCAUCUCCAAAGACAUAGAAGAACACAUACUGGAGAG